GGAGCUCCUCCGGGCCGCCUCUGCCUGUGCGCCCCGGUUCCUUUCAUAGGCUUCCAGUCCCUCCUCCCCGCCCUCCUUCCCCCGUGAUGGCGGAGGACAGCGAGUCUGCGGCCAGCCAGCAGAGCCUGGAGCUGGAUGACCAGGACACCUGCGGCAUCGACGGCGACAAUGAGGAGGAGACCGAGCACGCCAAGGGAAGUCCUGGAGGGGAUUUGGGAGCUAAAAAGAAGAAAAAGAAACAGAAGAGAAAAAAGGAGAAACCAAACUCUGGUGGCACCAAAUCAGAUUCUGCAUCCGACUCCCAGGAGAUUAAAAUUCAACAACCUUCAAAAAAUCCAGCCAUUCCAAUGCAGAAGCUGCAAGAUAUUCAGAGAGCUAUGGAGCUGCUCUCUGCAUGCCAGGGACCAGCAAAGAACAUUGAUGAAGCAACCAAACAUAAAUACCAAUUUUGGGAUACGCAACCUGUACCCAAACUUAAUGAAGUUAUAACUUCUCAUGGUGCAAUUGAACCAGAUAAGGACAAUGUCCGCCUAGAGCCAUACUCUUUGCCACAGGGUUUUAUGUGGGACACUUUGGACCUGAGCAAUGCUGAAGUUCUAAAGGAACUGUACACAUUAUUAAAUGAGAAUUACGUAGAAGAUGAUGAUAACAUGUUUAGGUUUGACUACUCACCUGAGUUUCUUAUGUGGGCACUACGUCCUCCAGGCUGGCUACCCCAGUGGCACUGUGGAGUUAGAGUAUCGUCAAACAAAAAAUUGGUAGGAUUCAUAAGCGCCAUCCCUGCACACAUUCGGAUUUAUGACAGUGUGAAGAAAAUGGUAGAAAUCAAUUUUCUUUGUGUCCACAAGAAAUUGAGAUCUAAACGAGUAGCACCUGUACUGAUUCGGGAAAUAACCAGAAGAGUAAACCUGGAAGGGAUUUUUCAGGCAGUUUACACUGCAGGAGUGGUACUCCCCAAGCCUGUGGCCACAUGCAGGUACUGGCAUCGAUCACUGAACCCCAGAAAAUUGGUAGAGGUGAAAUUUUCACAUUUGAGUAGAAAUAUGACUUUACAAAGAACAAUGAAGCUCUACAGACUUCCCGAUGCCACAAAAACUUCAGGUUUGAGACCAAUGGAACAAAAAGACAUUAAAGCAGUGCAAGAACUGAUCAACAGUUACUUGAAGCAAUUUAAUCUUGCUCCUGUAAUGGAUGAAGAAGAGAUAGCCCACUGGUUCCUGCCUCAGGAUCAUAUUAUUGACACUUUUGUAGUUGAGAGUUCAAAUGGUAUUUUAACCGAUUUUCUGAGUUUCUACACGUUACCUUCAACAGUUAUGCACCACUCUGUUCAUAAAAGCCUCAAAGCUGCCUAUUCCUUCUACAAUAUUCAUACAGAGACUCCUCUUUUGGAUCUAAUGAAUGAUGCACUCAUUAUAGCUAAAUUGAAAGGAUUUGAUGUGUUCAAUGCACUAGACUUGAUGGAGAACAAAAUAUUCCUGGAAAAACUCAAGUUUGGGAUAGGAGAUGGGAACUUGCAGUAUUAUUUGUACAACUGGCGGUGUCCUGGCAUGGAAUCAGAAAAGGUGGGCCUUGUAUUACAAUAAGGAGGACCCUUGUGUUUCUAGAACUCUGAAGUUGUCAUUUGGAUUGAUUUAAUCUACAUAACAGUUCUUGGAACAGUAUUGUUCAAGAGGAAUAAAAGCACAACAUCAGUGAAAUUGAAAUAAUCCAUCAAAUGUAAAAUAAUGAAGAAAUCCAUAUCUGACCGAUUUUACACAUUUUCAGAUAGAAUGGAAAGUUCAUGAAACUUUUGUCCAUAAAAAAGAAUAAAAGCACAUUCAUUUAAUUAUCAAAGCUUAGCUCGCACCUUGAUAAAAAGAAGGUAUUUUUUUCCACUCUGUAGAAAAGACUGUUUUGUACAAACUGAACUGCAGUGGUGGAUUAGGGUACAAAAAUCUUUGCUAUUAUGUGAAUGAACUGCUGCAUUUCUAUUUAUUAAGUGGUGGUGUAUGUUUGUUAGUGUAGCAGAAUGAAGGAUCCAUACUGAGUAUCUUUGCUUAUAAAAUUCACAUGGAUGUCAUCAUUUGGGGUAAAAUAAUGGAGUUAUGAAAUAUUUGUAGCUAAUAUGAAAGUCUUGGAUGUUUUUUGUAACUGGAGCAGUAUGAAAAUGUGCUGGUUUGACUAGUGCAUUUGUUUCUCUAUAAGCAAUGCUGCCAAAUCAAUAAAAAUACAGAUUUGUACUUUGA